CCUUCUCUCUCCUCGCUCUUUAUAAAACAAAUACUGAAAAACGACUCAAACUGCCGAGAGCUCAUCGUCCGCGCUUCUCUUCUGUUUAUUUAUUUAUUUUUUAUUUUCCGACUUUCUAUAUUUAUGGACAAAGUUCGCCGGCGACUGGCCAGCUACCUCCUCCGUAAGAACUCUUCUGACGAACUUCUCAACUCGUUCCGCCUUGGCCACCAUCUUCCUCCUCUAAAGCCUUCCGAUUAUUUUCUCCCUCUCUCCCUCUACCUCGCUAAUUCUCUCUUUUUCGCGCUCUUCUUCUCCGUAGCCUAUUUCCUCAUCCACAGAUGGCGAGAAAAGAUCCAUAACUCCACUCCUCUUCACAUACUCAGCUUCCCUGAGAUCGCUGCUUUACUUUGCUUGGUGGCUUCCGUCAUCUAUCUUCUUGGUUUCUUUGGCAUUAGCUUCGUCCACUUCUUUUCUAAAGCUUCCAACAUUGUUGACGAAGAAUAUGAUGAUAAUAACAUUAUAGUUAAGGAAGAUAAUAUGCCUCCGGGGCCUUGCUCUGCCUCACUUGACUGCUUCCCGCCCGCCAAAAUUCAUGCGCCCAUUAUCGCAACUACGACCACCAGUAGUUCAUUUUCUGAUGAUGACGAGCAAAUUAUCAAAUCAGUAGUCUCUGGUUCCAUUCCUUCCUACGCACUCGAAUCAAAACUUGGGGACUGUAGGAGGGCUGCUUUAAUUCGCCGAGUGGCGGUCCAGAGGAUCUCGAAGAGAUCAUUGGAGGGACUGCCUUUAGAUGGGUUCGAUUACGAGUCCAUAUUGGGGCAGUGCUGCGAGAUGCCAAUCGGGUACGUGCAGAUUCCGGUGGGAAUUGCUGGGCCAUUGUUGCUGGAUGGAAAGGAAUAUAGUGUGCCAAUGGCCACGACGGAGGGUUGCCUGGUGGCCAGUACAAAUAGAGGGUGUAAGGCUAUUUACGCAUCUGGAGGGGCUACCUCCGCGUUGAUCAGGGAUGGAAUGACCAGAGCUCCCGUAGUCAGGUUUGCCACCGCCAAGAGGGCCGCCGACUUGAAAUUUUUUAUGGAGGAUCCUGACAAUUUCGACACCGUUGCCGUUGUUUUCAACAAGUCAAGCAGAUUCGCAAAGCUACAAGGUGUCCAAUGUGCAAUAGCAGGAAAAAAUCUUUUUAUGAGGUUUAACUGCAGCACAGGUGAUGCUAUGGGAAUGAACAUGGUCUCCAAAGGAGUCCAAAACGUCCUCGAUUAUCUCCAGAAUGAUUUUCCUGAUAUGGAUGUCAUCGGCAUCUCCGGGAACUUCUGUUCGGACAAGAAGCCAGCAGCAGUAAACUGGAUAGAAGGUCGUGGGAAGUCCGUUGUUUGUGAGGCAAUCAUAAAGGAAGAAGUGGUUAAGAAGGUAUUGAAAACCAAUGUGGCCGCCUUGGUGGAGCUUAACAUGCUUAAGAACCUAACUGGAUCAGCCGUGGCAGGUUCUCUUGGUGGGUUUAACGCCCACGCUAGCAAUGUAGUAACUGCAGUGUACAUAGCUACUGGACAGGAUCCUGCUCAGAACGUGGAGAGCUCUCACUGCAUUACUAUGAUGGAAGCUGUUAAUGGUGGCAAGGACCUUCACAUCUCAGUGUCCAUGCCUUCCAUUGAGGUGGGUACAGUUGGAGGUGGCACUCAACUUGCAUCUCAAUCAGCUUGCCUGAACCUUCUUGGGGUAAAGGGUGCAAGCAAAGAUUCCCCAGGGUCUAACUCAAGGCUACUGGCUACUAUUGUCGCUGGUUCAGUUCUGGCAGGUGAGCUAUCUCUUAUGUCUGCUCUUGCAGCUGGGCAGCUGGUUAAGAGCCACUUGAAGUACAACAGAUCUAGCAAAGACAUCCGAAUUAACUUCCUGAAGAGUAAUACAACUGCUUAAUUUGUUUAGUAGAGAUGACGAAAACUAGAAAUAAAUUACUUAUCAAGGAUAACAGUGGUCGGCAACUGUUGGUUGGUGGGGACAAACAAAGACAAAGUCCAUGUGAAGGACAAGUAAAAAUAGAUAGAGCCUGCUCUUUCCAAAGCCAUGUGAAGCUGGUGGAUCUCCUUCCAAGAUCUCUUAUCAAGCCUACAAUUGUUAGAUAUGGGGUUUUACGUGGUGUGCCAUAUAUUUGUUUUUUACUUGCGCCUGAUUUCAUGUCACCCUAAACUAUGGAAUCUAACAGAAUGAACUGGGUCAGUAUGAUUUGUUCAUGUGUGUAACUUCAGUUUAGUUCGAUUUAUACAUCUCGAAACUUGAAUGG